GGUGGCGGCUGCGCACCCGGAAGAGUGGUCGGACAGUGGAGCGAUCGCCAGAGGCGGCGGACCGGGCCCUGACAUGGACAAGCUGAAGAAGGUGCUGAGCGGCCAGGACACCGAGGACCGCAGCGGUCUGUCCGAGGUUGUGGAGGCGUCGUCGCUAAGCUGGAGCACCAGAAUCAAAGGCUUCAUAGCAUGCUUUGCUCUGGGAAUCUUGUGCUCGGUGCUGGGUACUCUCCUGCUGUGGGUGCCCAGGAAGGGACUCCGCCUCUUCGCAGUGUUUUACACCCUGGGUAACAUCACAUCGAUUGGGAGCACCAUCUUCCUCAUGGGGCCAGUAAAGCAGCUGAAGCGGAUGUUUGAACCCACGCGUCUCAUUGCCACCAUCCUGGUGCUGUUGUGUUUUGCACUUACCCUGUGCUCUGCCUUUUUGUGGAAUAAAGGACUUGCACUCAUCUUCUGUAUUUUGCAGUCUUUGGCCUUGACGUGGUAUAGCCUUUCCUACAUACCGUAUGCAAGGGAUGCUGUGAAGAAGUGCUUUGCUGUGUGUCUUACAUAACGCUCUGCCAGUGUGCCGGAGCGCUGUGGAGGAGGUUGGUGGACGGUUCUGUAACUGCCCUCUGCACCGCCUCACAGACACGCGCCUUCUACCUGCAGCGUGGUGUGGCUUGCAAUUUGGAGGGUUGCCUGUGGGAGCAAUCAUGAGUCCAAAACCCUAAUGUCUGUAACACAACACGAGGUUCUGUGGCUUGUGUAGACAACUCUUCCUGUGACCAGUCUCUGGAAGGUAUUCCAUCGAGUUCUCACAGAACAGUCUUUGAUAGCAGCGGAGCCUCAGGAAGCCAGGAGCCGCUGAUUCCCAGGGUGUCAGCAGGGCCUGGAAGGGUUUCUGUCAGAGCAGCAGGAAUACAGAGUUUUGAAGAUUUGCCCCUCACCAAGAACACCAUUGCCACAGCCCCACACAGCGUUUUCCCUGGUGUUUGAGAACAAGUGAUUCUGCCUGUCCUAAGACCCUGGAGAGCCUGCCCUGGAUACACUGUUCCUUUGUCUUCUGAAUUCAGCUGGCUAUGAAAUGUCUUUUUAGUGUUCAGUGUGGACUCUUUCUCUUGCCCUCACCUCCUAUGUCUUGUGACCUUGUGACACUGGUUAAUUGAGAGUGAAGUAGUGACCUAAAAUGCUAUUUCCUUUUGAACAAGAGCCACUAGAAAGUGAAACAUUCAUGUUCCUUGCUUUGUUUAUUUGCCUUCAUUAUUUAUAAAUGUUUACUUUCCGUUCUUUGCUGGAGUAGGGAUAAGGAAAGUCCAUGGAAGAAGACAGAUCCCUCGUGGGCCAGCAAGAAGCAGGCAUGCCUACCAAGCAACCUAAGUGCCCCAGCACUGGCACGCAGCCCGCAUGGACACUGGCAGCCAGCCUGCAGGUGGUCAUGCUGCUGUCUAGCGCCUAACCACACACAGCGGUCUUGUGUUGGGAUCUUAUCUGGUCCUCAUGAGAGCUCUGUGAGUUGUCUCACCUGCAGUCAAGGAACUGAGGCUCCGAUUAGUUUGUGUAUCACCUGGAGCUCCAGCUGUGGCCUGACUCAGGCUCCAUUAUGAUGCUGAAUCUCCUGGCAUGGCUCUGCUCAAGCCUCUGUCAUCUCUCAUAACUGUUCCUUUCAUCCUCCUGGCCUGUAUCUUUUCUGAUUUCAGCAUCUGUGUCACUUGCACUGUCCCAUGCUCUACCAUUCUGCUUUUUGGCAGCUUACCUCUGCAUCUGUGGGAUGGCUAGCAUCCCAUGGUCCUUUUCAGCUGUUCAGUGAAACAUCAUCAGUGCCCUGUCUUGACAACUUGAGGUCCUGGCAGUCUAGGUUUGCCCUUUGCUUGGGCCAGCUGUUCUACCUUGACCUCUGUUUUGUCACCACCAGACCACAGGAGGUAAGCACUUGUCUCUGUGGCUGUGUCCGGUUGCUGAACUGUGGCUAAUGACUCUCUUUUCUUCUGAGAUGGAGAACUGUGGAUAGACUGAUCAGGAUCAGGGCAGGGGGAAGCUCAGUCUUUCCAGAUUCCUGCCAUGCUGCUGAAGGCAUCUAUGAGAUCUUCAACUUGUCUUCAGUCAGGAAGCAAAAUUUUAUGCUACCUUCUGGCUGUGUAAGGCACAUUCAUGUCCCAGGAGCCUUGGAGAUCAGUUCAGGUCUCAGAAGGGCUCAGGUGUGAGAAGGGCUGUUGGGGAAUUUAGGGACACCUGUGGUUUCUAGCUGACACGAGGGUAGGGUCGUUGCUGCAAGCUCCAGCCACUUUGUAGUCAUGCAUCUAAAGGGCUGGCCUCCUCCGCCUUUGUGGGUGACUGGGCUUGAGCCCAGAUAUCUUUUGAAGAUGUUAGCAAGGCUGAAUAGCAUAGCAGUGUGGAUGUGGGCUUAGAAAAUAAGCAGAUCCAGAUGUGAGCUGUGGUCCAAUCACAUCUGGUUGAGUCCUUUGACGUUGCCUAAUGUUUGGUUCCUCAGUUUCACUGUUUCACAAUAGCUGGCUGGCAGAUGCUGCUGGCUCACUGGAGGAUGCCAGUGGAGGAGGAUGUAUCAAGUGCUUGGCACAGCAAGCUGAGUCUCCACAAACUAACUGAUGAGUGCAAAGGGUGACAGGAUGGGUGCGUGCCCAUUAAUUUGUUUAGCAUAUUUAUUUCUGUGUCCAUUACUAUAUACGAUAUGCUGUCUCACUGAAUGGUCACAGUGACUGUCAGGCAAUGGAUAACUGCCUUCAUCAUCAUAAAGUAGUAGUGGCCUCAAACUCUCACCAACAGGGGCAUCAGUGAAGAGGCUCUAGGUUGGGAUCAAGUCUUAGAUAAAAGACUUUGGCCUAAUUCCUGCAGCCGGUGGCCAGUUUGCCUCAACAGCUUGAGUCUGGAUGACUGUCUUCCAGUAUCUUCUAGACUCGCAGAGUUUUCUUCAGUUGCUUUAUUCCUUGGUUGUUUCUGACCCUGGCUUUGUAGGACUAUGGAAAGAAGAAAGCCACUUCAAAUCUGCUAAAGUCUCCUAUCACACCAGCAGCAUUGAUUAAAAGCAACUUAGUGAGGCUGACGUGGAGAAUUAGCCUCCGCCUAUGGCUGUUGGCAGUGUCUGUUUCUUCUCCCCACCCUUCAUUCUCCCCAUUCACCACCCAGUAAGCAGGGCAUCCCUGUGUUGCCAAGUGAUGGAAACUAUGGCGUGAUCACUGUAGAGGAAUGUGGUCCUCAGCCAGGCUGUGCUUCCAGGUGUGGGCGGCAUCUGGCCCCAUGCUGCCUGGAGUGCUGCAGUCUGGAGUGCUGCCCUGAGAACACCACUGUGCCUUCUGGACCAGGAGAGGAGCUUCGGGCCCUUUGACUGGUCCUCCUCCCUCUACUCCAGGCUGACUGUUGGGAUGCUGUGGGGUGGGGGCCUGCUCACUGAAUUCUCUCUCUCUCACUGUCCUUUUCCACAGACCAAGCUCUAAGGGAGCCUUUGUCUCUGCCGCUCUUCUGUGUGGCUGCUGUUCAGACACCAGCUCUAGGCAUCCUGUCUUGGGGAAGGGCGAGGUGCAUUCCCAGCAUGCCGUCGGAGAUGUCUCAGUGCUUGGUGUCUGUACUCUCAUGGUGACUUUGUGGAUCAUGUCUUAAUUACCACCUCCCUUCCACGUGGUCACUGUAGGCUGAGAGAACAAGAAAUGAAGUCAUAAACUGCAUUCCACAUAAAAUUACUUUGUAAUACUUUGGUUAGAACAAACAAGAGUGGGGCAGUAUCUGAAACAGGGCCGGGCUGGUUUGGCUUUUGUUGUUGGUAGCCCUGUGAAUGACAGGUUUUGCCGUGUAUGAGAGGAGGCUUGGUGGACUGACUUGGUCCGUCAAGGUGCACUCAUGGCUGUGGAUUCCUUUCCUGUGUGUGCCCUGCUACCUUUCUGACUUUACUCCCCCUGUUCCUGUCUCAGUAGAGUCAGUUACAUACAUACCCUUUGCAUUUACAACCUAAAACUUAGUUAAUUAAAAAAAAAAAAAAUCAGUGUUUAAAGCAGUAUAAAGAUGCCUGCUAGACUUUGUGGCAGUUUUGUUUUUAAUGUUCAAGUUAUUUUUUAUAAGUUUAAAUAAUGUGCUAUAGCUUAUAGAUAACAUCCUUUUAAAAGUGAAUGAACCUUAGCUGAAAUAUUGCAAAUAAACAUUUCCCCUAGAAGUCUGAAUUACUUACGAAGUUUUAUUAGAAUUUCUUAGGGGGUGAUCUUAAAGUACCUGCCAAUUCAUUUUUUUUUUUUUUGCUUUGAGAUUUUGUGUGUUUUUAGACUAGCAAAGGGGGAACGCAGUGGGGUUUGUUUAAUCCCACUUCGCGCAGGGUGGGGUGUUCUGUUUUGAGUAUUUCCAGCCCUGCUGUGACAUAUGAGAGGCAUUUAAAAUUAGCUGGGAGCGGAGCUUUCAUUCAUCCUAGCUGGCAACAUAAAGUCAGAUCCAUUGCAGCAGGAGCUGGUGACUGACGCGGCAGACUUGGGGAUGUACACAAUGACUUUCUGCAAACUGGCUGAUCUGGAAUCAGAAAAAAUAGGCCCAGUGUAUAGGAAUUCUGUUGAAGAUGAGAAGCCAGCACAUGGCGUCAUGACAAGUGCUGAGGUAUGUUCUCAGACUCAUGCCAUUGCAUGCACUGAGUGCUUGCCUAGCAUGCAUGGAGCCAGGGGCUCAGUCCCUGGAAAUGCAUGCACUGGCCACAGUGGUGAACACCCAUUAGCCCAGCAUUUGGGAGGUAGAGGGGGAGGAUCUAGAAUAGACCCUAUCUUAAAAAAGAAAAAAAAAAUGAAGUCUGGAGUUUGGGCCAAUGCACAUGGCUCUGUCUAUUAAAUGUUCAAAAAAAAUUUUUUUGUUGACUUUUUCACUGUGUUUGCUUAACUUGAACAUAGCAAGGGAAAAAAAAACUACAAAAACCCUCCCUGAACUCCAUCCUUGUAAUUCUGAUUGUGAAGUUGCUAGUAAGGAUGUGCAGAAGUCAAUGAUGAAGGCCCUGGCACCCCUGUGUAGGCCCUGGGCACCAGGGCACACUUCCUAGCAGCAAAACCAAAUCCAAAUGCCUGUGGUGGAUUUGUGUGUCUUGAGAACAUUGUGCCUCUUCUAAUACAGUGGGCUUUUAAAACACUUUGUUUUAAAGAAAAAUGAAACCAUUUUUAUAAUCGUGUAGAUGUAGUUGAUUUUGAAUGCUACUGAUUGUAUAACUGAAUUUUUAUAUACAAAAAUAUACUCUUGAGGAUCUGGUUCAUGUGUUUUCUUUUUACUCACUUCAAAGAGAAGGAGUGUUGCUGGAGAGAGCUACCUCUCCCUUGCACAGUUGUUUUCUCCCUUUUCUUUUCUUCAAUAAAUGGUAGCAUCAUGA